AUGUUGAGGAGUGUUAGGAGUAGGGUUCAAAUACGGUUGUACCACCAACACUUCGAGUCCAGGACGUUGCAGCAGUACCUGAAAGAUCCCAUCAAGUUGCUGGUGUUGCCUGUGAAGGAGAAGGAUGUUUUUGUAUACUAUAAGCAUGGUGAUGACCUCGUGAACCGGCAAUCGAGGAUAAUACGCUCUGAGAAGUGGAUCAUAGACAAGUCCUUGAAGUUGUGGAGCAAGCUAGAGAACUCAAGCAAGAGCUAUAACAAGAAGAUUGUGCUGUAUAUUACUAAGUUGCUGGAUACAGUGCCGUGGAGUGAGGAUAGUUUGAUCAGUGUUCCGAACGAGAGCUCUCUGUUGAAAAGGCUGAAGGAUGAUGGGGAUAGGAUUACGCUGAAGGAGUAUCAGCAGAGUAGCGAGCUGACUAAGAGCCACUUGCUGCCAUUGCAUAUCUACUACCCUAUAGACGGGCCCUCGAUCCCAACGUCGCAACUGAUAAAAUCACUUAGAGAGCUGAGUGAAAAUGGCCUGGCUUAUCACAAGAAGCAUAUGAUAUAUUGUGCGUUGGGGUUGCCACUCACUAUACCCCUUGUUCUUCUUCCGGUGGUCCCCAAUGUUCCGGGCUUCUACCUGAUGUACAGGCUCUACUGUAACUUGAAGGCAUUUCUAGGCGCGAGACACUUGCAGAAGAUAGUAAACGAAGAAGCGUCAGAUAUCUUCUUCUAUUCCGUGCCGACGGUUAUGUCUGAAGGGGACAACGGACUCACUGAGGAAAAACUACCAAUAGUGCUAGACCAAUUGGAAGUCCAAGAGAUAGAGAACAAGCUGAAGAAAGCUAUCCGCCAAAGCCACGGCUCGGUCAAAGAAGACUGA